GGGCAGUAACUCUGAUAUGAAAUAUUAUUUCUUCCACAUCUUCUAGAUGUCUAGACUAGAAUUCUAUAUAGAUUCUAGAUUUCACUACUUAACUUAGAGUAGACUAGACCUAGAUCUUGUAAUAGAAACGAAAAGUAGAAAAGUACUUUAUUAGUAAGAAAAAAAGUUAGACUUCAUCAAUGACAUCAAUUCAAGACAUUCAAGUUUAAGUUAAUAACUCGGGCUAAAUAAACCUAAAAAAAGGCUAAAUUAGCCUAAAUUAAAUUAAAAAACACUGAAAACAGUUUAAGUUUAAGUCCUAAUUUUAAUACUAGAUCUAGAUCUAUCUAGAUCUAAUUAAUAGCUGAAAAUGCAGAGCCUCCAGACUUAAACAGAGGUCCGAGUUGCCACCAAGAUAGUGGCUAAACAUGGACAUUUUACAGAGUGCUUUGCCUUUAGGAUGAAUUUAAAAUUAUUGAGACAAUUCAUAAUUAAAAGGAAGAAAUUUUACAAAAUCACUUUAAGAUCCGGUAUUCUCAACCAAUUAAAAUAUUUUCUUGUUCACUUAAUAGCCAAUGUCAUGGCUGGAAUUAAAGAUGCCAAAGCACGUAUGACAAUUCAGUAUGUUCGAUUCAUACCAGAUUUUAUCUUGGUAGUUGCUCUUGGAUUAGGUCUGUACAUACAGUGGUCGAUGACAGAUAAUUUCACAGUGUCUCUAAUUGCAAUACUGGGAGCUUUUGUGUUUGCCAUAUCAUGUGCAUUGCAGUACUACUUUGCACUAAAUGAUUUGGGCAAAGCUUUGUUUCAUAUUUGGAUAGGAUGCUUGCUGGGAAUAAUCGCAUUCACAAAUACUGCCGAGCUUCAGUACCUAACAAUGGAGGAGGUAAUGGAAGCCAUGUUCCUGACAAGCAUGGCUCUAGGCUGGUGCUGGAACAUUCUGGAACGCUCGCUUAAGCUAGAGCCUGCAGAACCCAGGCUGCUGACUAUUUCAGAAGGCUUGGAAUCCUUAGGAUUAAUUAUUGCUAGUUUAGCAACUGGUGUUGAUAGCUUGGCUUUAUCUUUGUAUACGCUGGCUUAUAUAUUUCACAUAUCUGCCAUGAGACUGAAAUCUUUCAUGGGUUUUAUUAGUUUCAUCUGUUUUAUUUGCAUUGGUAUAUUCCUCUUUUUUCCUGCAUUGGCAGUGAAACCUAAUAUCUACGCCUUGACCUGCUUUGUCGGCAGACAUGCUUUCCAACCUGUGAUCGACUUUUACUUCUGUGGUUUGUCAAUGAUUGACAGGUGGAGAUCCUAUUUUGACAAGCCACGCAUAGUUCGCUACUUGUAUGUGAUUCUUAUGUUCAUUUUGGAAAUUGUUUUGGCUGUGGUUGUUGGACAAGGAACAUCUCGGCACAAGGAGUGGUACAUAGUGUUUCCAAUUUAUAUAGCUUUGGCUGUGGUGUGGCUCAUGUUUCACUUAAUGUUUUUUCUCACCUGCUGGAAGUUGAAUGGGAAGAUCACAGAAUGUAAUGCCACAUCUGAUGAGAGGCGCAGCUUUAAUAGAAUAAUGUCUGCUAAAGGUCUUCGCCACUUUGGUCUGGUGUCACAACGAAUUAUUUGUGUAUCUCUUGCCACUACAUUAAUUGUGUUUUGUGUGGGCUUUGAGACAUUGACUCCUUACACAAUAGCCCUUGUGUUUCUGGUUUUGCCUAUCGAGGCAGCAAUUCUAAGUCUGUUCUGGGAGCUUGGGGACAACCUUGGUGGCACUUGCACAGGUUACGCCAUCAUUAUCCCAGUGACAUCACUUCGUAACAGCUCCAGGUCUGGUCCCCAACUGCUGACCAGCAGUGAUGUCCAGGACAUUGGAGUUAGAGGGGCGACAACUCUGAGCUUGUUACAGCAACUCUUCAUGUAUCACAUGAUACAAAACUUUGGCUGUGACUACUCCAGCAGUGGCCUAGAGAUAGAGACUCUACAGAAUAAGCUCAAAUCAUUUUUUGAUCGCCGCACCAAUGAUGGCCCCAGAUUUGAUACAUAUGUACUUUACUACAGUGGAGAUGCUUAUGAGAAUGGUGACUGGGCUCUUGCUGAUCAGAAGAAUUUCUCAUUGUCCAUGUUGCUGAGUCUGUGGAAUGAAAAAGAUCAAAACUCUGGAUCCCGGCUGAUUCUCAUCCUGGACACAGCUCACUCUUUUAAGUGGGCCCAAGAGAUUACAUCUGUUAAAAAUUCUUUUGUGGCUGUACAAACUUGCAGAUAUAUCAGUAGACCGGAGACUGCAGAGACAGGGGAGAAAUGUACAAUUGGUUCCUUCACCAAAGCUUAUGUUCAUUUCAACAAUGGACAAGAAGUGGAUAUAGACUGGAUCUCUAGAUCUCGACCUCUUAGGGCUAUUUACAAGGUGUCCUAUAACUGGUCAAGUUUCUCUUUUCUUCUCCCAACCAAAGAGGAUGUAGAAAGUUACUGGAGGUUAAAUUUCCCAUCUGUAAUGAAGCCCCUGAUGAAGGUUCUCAACUUGCCUCGGAUGGGCUCUCCAUGCUGCUGUUGCAGGUGCUGCCUUCAUUGGCUGCGCUGGGUACAGCUGAGGUGGCUACCACCUGGACAACUGGACACUGGACAUGGCUUCCAAUUACUGAAUUCCUAAUUAUUGUUUUUAAAGAAUCUGUUGGCUGGUUAGAUGUGGUAUUGAAAUCUGUGCAUAUUGAUGACAGAUAAUCUUGUCUGUUUCAAGGCAUUCUAUUAAUGAUAGUUCUAUUAAUGACUGCCUAAACAGCUGCAGUAUAAUAUGUACUUAAAGGCAUUUUCAGACAUUGAUCCUGGAAACACCUUUAACAAAUCAAAGAAGUGAAGUAUUUUUUCACCUAACUUCUUAUUGCUUUAUUGGAUGGGAUAACAAAAUUAUUUGAAAUUUAUCAUUAGUGUUAAUUUAUUUCUCUUUUUGUGUUUUUGAAUUUUACUGUAGAGAAAACAUGGUCUGAAAAAUGUCAUGUAAUCAAUAAUUUGGAGUUAAAUUAUUUAGAUUAACUGCAGCAUGCCUAAGAUUUGUGGAAUCAGAAGAACAAUUACCCCACCAUUUUUUUACAACUUGGUAUUUUCAUAGCUUUUAGAUUUGGGUAUUUAUUUUUCAUAGGUUGUAAAAUUAUUUAUUACUUUUCUCCCUAAAAUCUGCUUAGCAUUGUAGUUUUUUCAUGUGUUUUUUUUAUCUGUGAUAAGUAUUUUUUAAAAAGUAUUUUGCACAAUUUUCUUAACCUGUUUGAUUCUAAGACUUUGAAAAAAAUGAUUUGAAUUAUUCUGUGGGUGAUAAAAUGAGAUUUGUUUCUACAGGGAAACUUUGGUCUUCAAAUGAGAUGUGGAAGUUAUUUUAGUUACUUAACCAUCAUUAGAAACUUGUACAGGUUGGGAUAUGCUGUUUAAUUUAUUAAAUUUAUUUUGGAAUUAAAUUUUAACAAAGCUUUGUAAUUUAAUUAUCUGUGGAAUGAAAACAAAACAAUAUGAUAUUUUUCAACAUUUGUUUGAAUUGGUAUCAGUGUUUGGCCUUUGGUUAUUUAAAUUUAUGUGACAAGACAAUCAAUUAUUUUAUUGGAUAUUUAUUGGUUUAUUUCAUAUGACUGCAAAGUUUUUUUUUUCUUUUAAGAUAAUGAUAUUUUUAAAAAACAAAAUGGUUGUCAAUUAAAUGAUCAUCUGGUAGUGGAACAAUUCUUAUUCCUUUAGACAGCUAUCUGUUCUUUAAACGGUCACCUGACAGUUUCUCAUUUGGAUAGUUCUUAUUCCUAUAGACAUUCAUUUGCAAUUUAGACAAUUAUGAGCUCAUUUAGCCUAUUGUAAUAAUUCUUGUAGACAGCCAUAUGUCAUUUAGAAGGUCUCUUGUCAUAUGGAUAUUUAUAAUUUCUUAGAGACAUUGCUAGUUGAUGUAGACACUAUAAUUUCUUAGAGACAUUGCUAGUUGAUGUAGACACUAUAAUUUCUUAGAGACAUUGCUAGUUGAUGUAGACACUCUGUAGCAUAAUCAUUUCACUUAAUUUCUUUUUCUUCACUUUGUAAUUGAAAACAAAAAAAUUUGCUUGAACUAGUAGCAUCUCUCUUCAAAGUUGUGUAUACUCUCACCAAAUCUGUACUUGUCAUUAUAGUUGUGACUUAUCUCUUGAUUAAUGAAGCUUCCCUCCACUGACAUGUAUGAAAAAUUGUUCUGUCUAAAAGGGUAUAAGCACCCUGAGGAGACUCUGCUAUUCCUUCUCUCUACCACAUCAGCUGUGUGUGUGUGUGUUUGCAUUAAAACAGCUCCUGUUUACGCCCACCUUACAUUGAAGCAGAUAUUUCAUUCAGAUGUACCCCUCCCCUUUCAAUUGACUUUUUAUGUCCAUAAUAAACUUAAGAACAAGAAUCCUCCGUGACAUGUCAUUUGUUUCCUGUCAUUUGUAGCUCACAGUUUUGUAUAUUUAUACUUGAACUAUCAACUUUUUUACCAAAUUCAGCAUUCAUAAAUAAACUCAAUUAGUUCAGCAUUAUAAUUCACUGUGAUUGUUUUUUCACAGCUCAACAUUCCAAAACCCAUUGUGAAACUGCCCUUGAUUUUUUUUCCUUUAAAAUCUUUUCUUGUGAGAGAGAUGAAGCAAUGAGAUUUUUUAUUUUUUUUUCUACUUUUUUUUAUUAGUCAAUAAAAUUAUUUUCGUAAUAAAAAAAAAGUCAAUGAUCAGCUCUUGAACAAAUGUGUGUAGCAGUUCAUUUUAAAAUUGUUCUUUUCACUUGAACAUUGUGUACCUUAAGAUUUUAGAAAAUAAUUUUAUGUUGCAACAAUUAAAAUCUAAAAAAUACCAGUCAUUUCUAGUUUAAUAAAGGCACGUUUCUUAUUCCUGAUGUAAGGACAAAUUCUUACUUGUGCUCCUUUCUCCCUAGUUCCAUUAGAGAAUGGAUUAGGUUGCCUAAAGCAGUCAGGAAAACCAGUGACUUAGCUGAAUUAAAGUCUCUAAUUAACAUGCAGAACUAGAUCAGCACAAGGGUAUGCAUAGGAAAUAAGUAUAUCUUUUUUAAAAGAAUGCCUGUAAGUUAUAAGAUAAGAUAAUUUAACCAAAGUUUACACCAACUAAUCUAAGAAAUAGUCUUUUACAACUUUUACAUUGUUUUGUUCUUUAAAUUUCAGAUAUACAGUAAGAAAUGAAAAUUAUUGCAUUUGUGACAAUGUUCAGUGUACAAUUUAUCAACUUUGCACAUGCUUUUGUAUAAUAUCAAAAUACAAAUAAACCAGCUCUCAAAGUGACACAACUUUUAACUUGAUUGAAAUUUAUUUCAAACUCAGCCCACAGAAUUACAAUGUAACAACAAUAUAAAUCCUUAUGUUAAAAUGAAUGUGAAAUUACAGUGAUAAAUGUAUAAACUAUAUAAAUACUAGUACAAUCAACUGACAGUAACUGAUCUGAAAAUAAUUGGCCAUCAAAUGGUGAGAGAUAGAUCUGCUUUAUUUAGGUGCCUCACUGUCUCUAAUAACUAUAUGGCCAUCAAAAUGGUGAGAGAUAGAUCUGCUUUAUUUAGGUGCCUCACUGUCUCUAACAACUAUAUGGCCAUCAAAUUGGUGAGAGAUAGAUCUGCUUUAUUUAGGUGCCUCACUGUCUUACAAAUAUUUGUUUGAAUUAUUGAGUGUUGCUUUUUGUUUUUCAACUAUGGAAAACAUUUUGAAUAGAGAAACCUGUUAGAACUGAUCAAAGACUGAAUGUGUCCAAUUUGAACUUGUGCUUUCUCCUUGGUGAAACCAUAGAUUAUAAAUACCAGGAUAUUUUCUGUGCUAAAACAAAACAUGUUGAAGAAUCAUACUCAAUGAAUACUCCCCAUUUAGAGAUUUUGAAAAGAGUUGUUCAUUAAUUUAAUAUAGAAAUAAAUGUUUGUACCAAUGCAGAUAUGUAUCUGUAUUGACCUGAUUUAGGCACUGGUUGAGAUGUGAUAUGCUGUUCAACUGCAGAUAGGUUUACAAAUAGAACUGUGAAAUGCAUUGCUUCAAUAAAAACAAAAUGUUUUUCCUAAUUUGUGCAUUGCUGUGUGUAUAAAAAUGUUUUUGUUUUUACAGAAUAAAGAAAAUCCAGAAUUAAAUGAAUCAUUGAAAGUUU